AUGUACGCCUUAGAAAAUUUCACAAAAUUUUCCAGAAAAAGUGCGCACCUCGCACGCAGGGCGUGGAGCCUCGUCCGCAGGGCGUGGAGCCUCGCCCUCCUGUGGGCCCGCAAGGGCGGCCUCCUCAGGAACAACCACCGGCUCGCAAUCGCCUUGGCCAAGCUCACCCGGAAGCUGACCGGCUCACGCCGCGAGGCGCGCGGCGCGCUCGCGUACGGAGACCGCGAGUUCUCGCUCGACGAGACGCCGGUGUUCCACAUCAGGAUGCGCCGCCGCUCGCCGCCGCGGUUCAGGCUGUCGCAGUUGCCGUGCAUCAGGCCGGAGGUGGUGGAUUUCGACUGGGACGAGGAUUCAAUCGGCGGUGAGGAUGAGAUGUGCGAUUACAGCUACAAAGGCAGAAGUCGUGUUGGCGGCGCAAAUACGCUAUUAACAAUCGCGAUUAAGGGCUUGGCUGGUAUUGGUGGGUUCAAUAGGGGCGAUUUUUGGCGCCAGAUAAUGUAG